CACGACUAGUGCGGUGAUUGAGAAUACUCUUUUAGCAAUCAGAUAUAUGAGUGGUAUUAUAUAUACCCCGGUUAUAUGGUUGGCACAGUUUUAUAAUGAGUUAUAUGAUAGAUAUGAGCCUGUUGUGGUAAAUAAUGUGGCUGCUAUAGCUGGAACGGUUGAUAAUGCAGUUGUUGCUGUCGGCGACGCUAUGAUGGAGUGGGUUAAGAGGGAACAAGAGUUGAGAGAAGCAAUACGAGGGAGGUAA